CGGAGAGCGGGAGUCUCUUCCCUCCGUGUGGUUAUCAAGAAGAUAGGUGAGGAUCCCACACACGCCCUGUUCGCCCUCCAGCCUCCACCCAGAGCAGCGGCAGAAGAAGAGAGGACAGAGAAAAGGACAAGAGAGGAGUGUUUGACUGGAUGUAUCAGCCUGUCACACUCAGAGACACAAGGAGAGACAGUGUCAUGCCUCUGUUGAGAGGCGCAGCAGCAGCAGCAGCAGCAGCAGUCGGCUGCCAGGCUGCCUCGCCUGUGUGAGGAGGGCAGGAUCGGAUUGCUGUUGGGAAUACUGAACAAGGAAAAGAAAAGAAACAAGAGAGGCAGCCGGCGAUCUCGUGCCAUGACUGGGAACAGGAGGAGGGAGGAGGCUCGCUGAAAUCAUGGACCAGGCUAAGGGGCGGAGGGAUGGUCUCUCUUCAGCCGGUGACAACCCUCGGCCGCCGAUGGCGGCCAGGCCGGGAAGGGAGGGAGGCGGCAUGGGCUGGAAGGGUCCCCGGACGCUGGUUCUCCAUAAGAACUCCCAGGGUUUUGGUUUCACGCUACGCCACUUCAUUGUUUACCCUCCAGAGUCCGCCCUGCACACCAACCUCAAGGAUGAGGAGAACGGUAACGGAAAGGGGUAUCAGAAAGGUCGACUGGAGCCGAUGGACACCAUAUUUGUCAAGAAUGUGAGAGAAAAAGGUCCGGCCCACCAGGCAGGCUUGUGCACAGGGGACCGGCUGGUGAAAGUGAAUGGAGAAAGUGUUUUAGGAAAGACGUACUCCCAGGUGAUCGCCCUCAUUCAAAACAGUGAGAGUGUGCUGGAACUCUCCAUUAUGCCAAAAGAUGAAGAUGUGCUUCAGUUGGUAAGUGCAUACUCCCAGGAUGCCUACUUGACGGGCAACGAACCCUUCUCAGGGGGAGCUGAGAACCUCCCGCCGCCGCCUCCCCUCUGUUACCCUCGCACCAAGACCACGUCCCCUGCUGGAGCCCCUCCGUCUGCCGCCAUGGGCCAGAAUCAGCUGGAUAACUGGAGUCGCUGGGCAGGUUCUUCCAGUCCUUCUUCACCUUUGGACAACCGCUCUGCAGUGGGCAGCCCAGCCAGCUGGCAGGAGGGGCGGGCAGGAGAGCCAGGUGGUGUGGGUCACAGCAGCCCUGCCCACCGCACAGAGGAGAUCCAGUACGGUAUGACCAGCCAGCAGCCUCAGGGCCAGACCAGGGGGCGCUCCUACUCUUCCUCUUCCUCGUCAGGAGGCCCUUUGUCCAGCCCGCUGCAAGUCCACUACCCCAACCACCAUGCUGCCAGCUCCUCACAGGCCCAGCCACGCAAGUCCAGCUCUGCCUGGACCAGUCCCCCCCUGCCCCAGCUCAGCCACGGCCGCAGUGAGCGCUGCCAGCAGGCCCUCUCUGACUGGUACUACAGCCAGCUGCCUGAGCGCUCAGGACGCAGCAUGCAGACCCGCCACCGCAGCUACUCUCAGGACCGGCUCAGUGAGACAAGGAGGCAGCAGCAGCGGGCAGGCUGGCCACACAGCGCCUCACAGGACACCCUGCUGUUACUACAGCAGUCAGGACCAGGGCCACAAGGAGAUCCCUACUGGUCAUAUGGAGACUGGGAGGGGGGCCCAGGUAGGGGCCAUCCUGCCUCUAACUAUACCCGAACUCGCUCUGAAAACCUGCUGGCCCAGUACGAUCGCCACGGCCGCUCAUUAGAGAUGCUGGACCGAGCAGCAGCUGGACUGGUCUCGCCUCGGUUUGAGAGGCCCUCAUGGCACCAGCAGGCUCCCCAGCCACCCCCCAGAACUGACGCCUAUUCGAGGCAGGGGAGCCAUUACGGUGCUUCACAAGCUCCUCCGAUGUCCCGACACUCACAGUCACAUUCUAAACACCACCCCCAGACCCACACCCAGUCCCACUCCCAGCCCCAGCAGGCCGCCCCUCAGAGCAGGCGACUUCCUCCCGGGCAAAGCAUGGACGACCAGCCGGUGGGCUACCGCAGCUACAGCCCGUCUUUUUACCGUAAGACAGGCCGCAUCAUGCAGCAAGCACACUCUUUCAGGGACCCUUCGUAUUCUGGCCCCCACUUGAACUGGAACCCAGCCCCUAAAACCAGCCCACCAGAGGGCACCCCAGCACCUCUCAGCUCCUCAACCGCAUCCCCGCUGGCCUCCACCACACCCGAAUCCCAGGACAGAGCGUACAGGCCUACGAACCACGAGAGGGAACGGGGGUCAGUGGAGGGGCAGUCAGAGGUGUUGGCACAGACCCAGGAAGUGGUAAUGAGACAGAAACCUCCCACCGGGCGGAGGAACGCCCAUGGCAUGCGUCAUCCCCACUAUGCGUUGCCCAUGGACGGGCUAGAACCCUCAUUGUUUUCCCCAGAUCCCCAGGACUCAGCCCCCACCCUGGGCUCCUCAGGAGACAGAGCCCCACAUAAAACAAACGGCAACCUCGCCCCCCUCCCUAUAGAGGAUGACUCCCUGGCCUCCAUCCCCUACAUAGAUGAGCCGACCAGCCCCGGCGCUGAUUUGCGUGCCCGCCAUGUGCCGGCGUCCUCCGUGGUGUCCAGCGGCAUGAGUUCGGCGCCUGCCGUGGUCACCAGCCCCGCCUCCCCCACCUUCACCUUCCCCCUCACUAGGCUCUUCUCACACGACUGCAGCAGUAUUAAAUCCAGUCGCCGUUCCUCCUAUCUUCUAGCCAUCACCACAGAGCGCUCCAAGUCAUGUGACGAAGGACUCAACACGUUCAGAGAGGAAGGGCGAGUCUUCUCGAGGCUACCAAAGAGAGUGAAGAGUUUCUUCACAGAUGGGUCUCUGGACAACAUUGGGACAGCAGAGGAGGUUCGCUCCAAACGCCACUCCACCUCAGAGCUGGGAAACAUCACUUACAGCGAUGUACGGCGAGAAGGAUGGCUGCACUUCAAGCAAAUCCUCACAGAAAAGGGCAAGAAGGUGGGCAGCGGCAUGCGUCCAUGGAAGCGAGUCUUUUCAGUGCUUCGCUCCCAUUCACUGUUCCUCUACAAGGACAAGAGGGAGGCGGUGCUUCGAGGGGCCACCAUUGGAGGGGGGGCUGAGGACGAGCAGCCGAUCAGCAUCCGGGGCUGCCUGGUGGACAUUGCUUACAGUGAGACCAAGCGCAAGCACGCCCUGCGGCUGACCACCCAGGACUUCUGUGAGUACCUGCUGCAGGCGGAGGACCGGGAGGACAUGCUGGACUGGAUAAAGGUCAUCAGGGAGAACAGCAAGACGGACAACGAGGAGCUCGGCUUUUCCAGACAGGCACUCAUAAAUAAGAAGCUGAAUGAUUACAGGAAACAAAGUCCAACAGGUAGUAAGCCCGACUCCUCUCCCAGGAUGCCCCGCAUGAAGCCUCCCUUCCUGCUCGCCAAGACAGAGAACGCUGCCGGAGCGCCACGCUCCCCCAAACCAGACGGCAAAGAUGAGAGCAGCCCUCCAAAGUCUCCGUGGGGAAUUAACAUCAUGAAGAAGACAAAGAAAGCCGGGCCUAAAGCUUUCGGUGUGAGGUUGGAGGAAUGUCAACCGGGUGCUAAUAAUAAGUUCAUCCCGAUGAUCGUGGAGAUCUGCUGUGGUCUGGUGGAGGAGAUGGGUCUGGAAUACACCGGGAUCUACCGGGUGCCAGGGAACAACGCCAUGGUGUCGAUGCUUCAGGACCAGCUCAACAAGGGAGUCGACAUCAACCCUGCAGAGGAGAAAUGGCAGGACCUCAACGUUGUCAGCAGCUUACUCAAAUCCUUUUUCCGGAAACUUCCAGAGCCGCUUUUCACCAACGACAAAUACAAUGACUUCAUUGACGCCAAUCGGAUGGAAAGUGCAUCAGACAGACUAAAGACUAUGAAGAAACUGAUUCGAGACCUUCCAGAUUAUUAUUACCACACUCUGAAGUUCUUGGUUUGUCACCUGAAGACUGUAGCAGAUAACUCAGAUAAAAACAAGAUGGAGCCUCGUAACCUGGCUCUGGUGUUUGGGCCGACUUUGGUUCGGACGUCCGAAGACAACAUGAAAGACAUGGUCACACACAUGCCCGACCGCUACAAGAUAGUAGAAACGCUAAUCCAACAUUACAUCUGGUUUUUCAAUGAAGAGCCAGACAAGGAUGAAAAGACGCCGGUGGACACGGAGGAUGUGCAGCCCGCCCCCAACAUCGACCACCUGCUGUCCAACAUCGGCAGGACCGCUCUGCUCGGGGAGGCCUCAGACUCAACCAACAGUGACUCAGCGAAAUCAAAGGGGUCAUGGGGGUCAAAGAAAGACCUCACAGCGAAGGACUUCCUGACUCUGUCCAUCAUGUCAGCUGUGACGGGCCGCAAACGUAGGAAACGCCAUAAUGGCCGCCGUGUGGGCAGCAGCACCGACGACGACUCAGAGCACGAGCCAAUCAAAGCCGGACAUCUAGGGGCAGAGGAGGAAGAGGAGGCAGAGUCACCUGUAGGAGACACUGCUCCUCGAGCAGAGGGAGAGGAGGAUGACGAUGAAGAAGAAGAAGAGGAAGAGGAGGAGGAAGAUGAGGAAGUUGUAGAAAGCCGAGUGAAAGAGGAGGUAGAAGAAGAGGUGGUGGCGGUUAUUCCCAGUCGGUCAUGCUGUAAAGAGGAAGAGGAGGCAGGAGGAAGUCAGGCAGCCAUGCUGCUGCAAGAGGAAGAGGCGCGGGCGGAGGUGAAGGGGCCGCCGUGGCGAGCUCCGGAGGAUGCACGCUCUAUCGUUUCUGGUUACUCCACCCUCUCCACGUUGGGGCGGAGCCUGGGGUCAGAGGGGAGGGGGGACGACGCCGAUGACGAGCACAGCGAGCUGGUGAGCGAGACGGACAAUGAGAGCGGCUUCGCCUCACGCUCCCUCACUCAGGAAAGACCCGACAAACACCCACCGAUACCUGUGAACACACAACCGCCAGCAGCCCCGCGCAGCUUUCUCUACACACACUACAAACCCCCCGUUCUCUCACCCACGAACCUCCUCGCCCCGCCCACACCCCUCACACACACACCAGACUCCGCGGAGAGGAGUGAAGGAGGGGCGCGAUCCACCACGCCCUCGUCAUCCUCCUUCUCCUCCUCCUCCACUACUCACAGACUGCACUCGCGGCCUUCCUUCAACUCCCACAAGCUGAUCCAGUGUGACACUCUGGCCAGGAAGAAGCUGAAGGGGGAGAAGGCCAAGGCUCGCUCCCUGGACCUGUUGGAGCUGUCUGAGACCGCGGCUCAGGGAGACAGGGCCGGGCCAGAGGACGCACCCAGAACGAGGAGGGAGACCUCCAGAACCAACCCCUCCUCAGGCAGCAGCCAGGAGAGUCUUCGUCUGUCCCGGCCCAAGCCAGCCCUGCCUCCCAGCGAGGCCGCCUCCUUCACCCCGACCGGCCCGGGCGGCAGGUCUUUGGCGGAGCAGGUCCGCGCCCGACUGCUGGGCUCGGCCGACGACCUGCGCAGCGUGGGACUGAGAAAACCGCUGUCGCCCGAGACGCGGAGGAAGAGACGUGCCUGGCGCAGACACACCGUGGUGGCCUCCCCGACUGAGGCGUCCGAAAAGAGACCCCCAAUGACUGUCAAUGACUUCCCCCUUUCUCCCAACACUCAAAACCAGGUCAAAACACCAGGGCUGCCUCGGGAUGCGGACGGGCACGAACAAGGACCGGCUACGCACCAAGCACCCACCUCAAGAUUUCACCAGUACCUGUGAGCCCUGCCAGCUGACCCCACCAUCCACUCCAAAGCUGAUUCUGAAGGGGGUCCAGGCCGAGCUGCUGACUCCCUGCAGGUCAGUAGACUGGCAGCAGUGUGAACACGGUUGUGGUUAGUUGCUUUAAGAGCAGCCACCCUUUUUCUUUUUGAUAAGCUCCAUUUGCAUGGCAAGGGGCAUUCCAGUGUUGCCAAAGCUUUUGUUUUUUUUUGUUUUUUUUUUCCUAUAUGUGUGCUUUUUUUUUUUUUUUUUUUUUAGAAAUAAUACAGAAACAGAACAGAGACACACACACACACACACAGAGACCUCAUCAAAAUCGAUGUUUCAGCCAAGAAUUCUCAUUUGAGUAAUAAACGAGCAUCCUUCCUUCCCGUCUUCUCUUCCUUCCCGCCUGGCUCACAGACAACGACAUAAAUUAAAGGGUUUAUUUAUCCCUUCAAGUAACCGGAGAAGGUUACUAAACAAACGCAACCUUCCUCUGGUUCUUGAGAGAAUGGUGCUUCUUAUCAAAGUGGGGUUUAACAUGAGCUAUUAUAGAAUAUCUCUCAAACCUACUUCAGUGAGCCAGAAGAGGGAAUACACACACACACACACAUAUAUA